AUGUUGAAUAGAUUGCUCAUUUUCAUCACACUAGCACUAGCUGUAAGGGCACUCGACUGCUCUGCUAAGGAAUUGCAACAGUACAAUCUUGAGAGCGUAAAAGGAACCUAUUCAAUCUCAAAUAUUAAGUCCACACCUCCGUCGAAAACCAAUAUUACCUGGAGCAUUGGAAUCUGCGAGCCAAUCAAGGAUGUUGCCGAUUGCCCUCAAAACUCGGAUGUAUGCGGAAUCACAAGCAUUCUCAUAGAUGGCAAGUCCCCUGUUGUGUCGGAGAUUAUUGGGUUCAAUUCGAAUGUCCAAAAAGAGUAUGAGACCAUUGCCGAGGGGGAUGGCGGAAUAAUCGUCAAAGACAAGGCUGUUAACUGGGGUGACUCCUUAAUUGAUGCCGAAAUACAUUUUAUUUGUGAUAAAAAUGCCAAAGAGAACGAUUUGAAACUUGACAAAUGGGAUGGCCAGAGUGUAAAGUUGUCCUUCAAGAGUAAAGCUGCUUGUAUUACUAGCGAUAAGGACAAAAAGAAAAACAACGGAAACAACAACGAUAAUAACAAGAACAACGAUAAGAAGAAGGAUAAUGGCGAGCUGUGGGGUUGGUUUACUUGGAUCUUUAUCUUUCUAGUGUUAUUCUUGAGCAUUUAUAUUGUCGGAGGCGCGUGGUUCCAGUACAAUAAGGGAAACGCCAUUGAUUUCCAGAGCGCUUUAAAGGAAGUUAUCGAAAACUUUAUUGACUUGUUAAAGAGUUUACCAAGCUUUAUCAGGGAAAUCAUAGAGAGGUUUACAGGCAGUAGUGGCAGAGCGGAGUAUAGUGCAGUUUAA